UGCAAAUGUGAGUCAAUGAAGCAAAAGAUAAGAGGAAAUGGGGAGAGGGGAAGGCAUUAUCCGCUACAUUUUAAACCUUGGAUUGUUUGGCAUACCAAACCGUUAAUAAAACUCGCAUCUGGACGGUGUAUUUUUUGGAUAGGAGACUGGAGGCUACACUGCCAACUCCGACUCGAAGGUAGACAUAAAAGACAGAAAAUGGUUUCCUUGAAUCCAGUGCAGAUUUUCAACCCAGGAACCGAGGAAGAAAGAGCGGAGACAGCUCGCUUGUCUUCAUUUGUAGGUGCCAUCGCUAUAGGAGACCUCGUCAAAAGUACCCUUGGUCCUAAAGGAAUGGAUAAAAUAUUGCAAUCGUUUGGUCAAAAUGGCGACAUCCAGGUUACAAAUGACGGCGCCACCAUUCUGAAGGCAAUUGGAAUUGAUAACCCUGCCGCCAAGAUCCUAGUAGAGCUGUCCAAGGUGCAAGACGAUGAAGUGGGCGAUGGGACCACAAGUGUCACCGUUCUUGCCUCGGAGUUGCUUAAGGAAGCAGAAAAACUUGUUUCCUGUAAGAUACACCCACAGACCAUUGUUGCUGGGUGGAGAAAAUCAGUAAAAGCUGCAGAGAAAGCCUUGGAAGCUGCCGCCGUGGACCACAGUAGCGACCCAGAGAAGUUCCGUGACGACCUGAUGAACAUUGCUCGCACAACGCUCAGCUCCAAGAUCCUAGUGCAGCACAGAGAUCACUUUGCCAAGCUGGCCGUGGACGCAGUACUCCGCCUCAAGGGAAGUGGUGACCUGAACGCCAUUCAGAUUAUCAAGAAGUUGGGUGGAGGGAUGGUCGACUCCUUUCUUGAUGAAGGAUUUUUAUUGGACAAGAAGAUCGGUGUCAACCAGCCCAAGAAGAUCGAGAAUGCAAAAAUACUGAUUGCAAACACACCCAUGGAUGCUGAUAAAGUCAAGGUUUUUGGCUCCCGUGUCCGAGUUGAUUCAACUGCCAAGAUUGCUGAACUAGAAAAAGCUGAAAAGCAAAAGAUGAAAGACAAAGUGGAGAUGAUCAUUAAACACGGCAUCAACUGCUUUGUCAACAGACAGCUGAUCUAUAACUACCCUGAGCAGUUGUUUGCUGACGCUGGAGUGAUGGCCAUAGAGCAUGCUGACUUUGAGGGCGUAGAGAGACUUGCCCUUGUCACGGGGGGUGAAAUAGUCUCCACUUUUAGCCGCCCUGAUCUCGUCAAGCUUGGGACGUGUAAGAAGAUUGAAGAAGUCAUGAUUGGGGAAGAUAAGCUUAUCCAUUUCUCUGGGUGUGCUCUGAAUGAAGCGUGUACGGUCGUCAUCCGCGGCGCAACUCAGCAGAUCCUGGACGAGGCGGAGAGGUCGCUCCAUGACGCGCUGUGCGUGCUCACCCAGACAGUCAAGGAGACAAGGACGGUCAAUGGUGGAGGCGCAUCUGAAAUGCUGAUGGCACACGCCGUCUCCCAGCUUGCCGCCAAGACGCCAGGGAAGGAGUCCGCGGCUAUGGACGCAUUCGCUAAUGCUCUCAGACAGCUGCCAACCAUCAUCGCUGAUAAUGCUGGUUAUGACAGCGCUGACUUGGUCGCCAAACUCCGUGCAGCACAUACACAAGGGAAAAACACAUAUGGACUGAACAUGGUUAAUGGCACUGUCGGUGACAUGCGUGAUCUCGGCAUCACUGAGUCGUACCAGGUCAAGCGCCAGGUGCUGCUCUCUGCCGCUGAGGCCGCUGAGAUGAUCGUACGAGUCGACAAUAUUGUCAAAGCUGCACCCAGAAUGCGCCGUCCGAGCACUCCAGAUAUUGAGCGCUUCUGAGAAACAGAGAUUGGCAAGUGACAUAGUAAAAUAUCCUCUUUGUCACAUCAUCUAAGGACAGAACAACGGAUAGAAAGUUCUAUUUAUUUACGGUCGUUUACAUCCCUAAAUUUUUCGUUUAUUUUACAUUUGAUAUUUUGAUAGAUACAUAUUUAUUAUGUGCAGUAAAAAAAAUCUUUAACUUCUAACAAAUAAGAUAAAAUAAUAUAGACUUGUAAGAUAAAAAGUGCUAAAAGCAUGAAAUGCCAAAUAAUAGUAAAUACUUAAAGUAACCAAAUAUUUAAUUUUUUGGAGAAAAUGAUAUAUACAUAUAGUUAACCUAGAGGUGAAAGUAGUUUAAGGUAACUUUUGUUUUUUGGAAACUGUGUAACAGCAUCACAUAGUGUUUUUGGAAUUUAUAUUAACUUUAUAAGAUUCCUUAGUGUGUGAACAGAAAUACAUUACCUGUCCCAGACAUGCUUAUAAUUUUUAUCAAUGCUGAUGCUGUUUGGAUGGGGCUUAUCGAUUUGAAUGUGUGAUCUAUUUUUCAUGUUACAAAUCCAGCAAAACGUUGAAAUAAACUUACUACACUUUAA